AUGGCUAUUCCCGAUUUUGAUUUGUUCUAUUUAGCUCAGGCUGAGCCUCCGGGACACAUCCACACAACAUCUCUAAUUGAAAGAUCACCCGCGGCCAUGAUGGCUCUCUUUGUUUCCGAAUAUUCACGAUUUCGUUCCCCGUUGGGGGUUGGUUGGGGGUCAGGACGGAACGACCACGUUAAACCUGUAAUUCAACACGGAGAAGCCUUGGAGUGUUCUGACAAGCUAACUCGCGCGGAUAUUACCCAGGAUCACGCACGUCUUGCGUGCAUCUCGCACAGACUUGCGCAAAUAUUCCUAGUCACCACGACUAAUCAGCUGUUCGAACUACACUGGUCUAAAAGAAUACGCCUCAUACAAAGUGGAAACUUCCGACCCUCUAGAUGCCAGAGGUCCGACGACGCCGUGGCUCAAACGUCGACAAGUAGAAACGUUACCUUGGAGGAGACGCGAUGUCGACAGGAGCCACGUCAUUUUAAAACAACAAACGUUCAUGGGAUCAUGGGUGCCGUUGCGGAGAGUCGACAGGAACAUCUCGUGUCCUUCAGCGCUCUGUCUAAUUCUGUCCUUUCUGGUGCAGCGGUAUUCGAGGUCCUGAACAUGGGGGGAUGGAACUUCAGCGGUCUACCCUGGUUUGCCCAUGUGCACCUUGAAACGCGAGCAACACCAUUGUACUUUAUCGAAGUGCGCAAAGUAUUAACCUCCCGCCCCUCAGGUGACAAACGGGCCGUAGUACAUUCUUUUACACACCAGUGUUGUUUGAUCAUUUCACCUGUCGCCUGUUUUUCUGACAUGGCUGAACAUUCGCGAAUCAGCGCGCCAGCAACCGCAGCAUCCGAGGGCGACCAUCUCUUCGUAUGGUUGGACGAUAAUCAUUCUCCCCCACACGAGGGUGGUCACCACCACCACCACCAUCAUGGGGAGCGCCCUACACUUACCUUCUUUGGAACGUAUACCUCACCCGCGCACAGCGAUGACGAACGCCCACUUGAAGCCAAAGGAACCCUCACAUUUGAGAGCCUCAAGGAGAAAUUCGCCGAAGGAGAUCACGGCAAGUUUAAGGUCACGAAGAAGAAGGAUGGGGACGAACACGGUUACGACGUUGAAGUUUUCAUCACGUACAUCAAGAAAGACGGUCUUCGCGGAAUUGAAGUGAACGCUUUGAAUGUGGAUGAACUGUCGGGAUGGAAAUUCAGCGAUCUACCCUGGUUUGUCCGUCUGCGCCUUUUGCUACGCGCAAAGUAUUGUAUAUUAACCCCCGCCCCUAAUAGCUCGUACAACCUCAAUAAUGUCGUAAAAGCCUCCCAACUUCAAAUUGAACAUCGUUCGGAGACAAUAAGAUAUCGCAAAGAACUCGACGGUGACAGACUCCACCACACAUCGGAAAACUUGCUCACUCAUGGAAACAAAGCUCCAAAAGGCCAAUGGCAUCGCCCGUCCGACUUGAACGACUCCAACAAGCACUGCUGCUUGAACACUUCGGGUGCUGGGUGGUGUGGAGCUACACUUACCCUUCCCUCAUCUUUCUCUUGGCUUUCCUCACGCCGAGGACAACUCUCGCCUCUUCUGCCCACAACACAAUUGUUCCGAACAUUGGACCAAUUCAGUCAAGUGGUCCAACGAUUGCGUCUACAUGCAAAAGCAGAGUUCUCCAGAUGUUAA